AUGGAUCUUGAUGGAUUUGACGGUGAAGCUCAGCUACAGGUAUCAUCGCCUCUACCACCGGCGCCCACCUCGAGCGAUGCCUUGAAGUAUAUCGACGAGGAAUGGUACUUUGAAACGAACAGGAGGGGACGAUGGAUGGACCUCAUUGGCGACUAUGCCGGUUCUGAACCGUUCGUGAUCGAUGGAGACGCCCUCUUUCAGCAGGUUCUCAAUGAUUCACUUCUGGCAUUGGGCCGACAUGACGAACCAAGCUUCCAAAUCCUACACGCCUUUUGGUCUCUCGAGCGAGUGCUGAAGGAAUUCCAAUCUCGUGACGCAAACAUCGAUGUUGUCUUCUGGCAAUACAAUCGACAUCCGACGUGUCGGACUGGGUCAUCAGACAUCGUCGUUUCGUCACGCAUGUUAGCGCGUGCGAUGCUAUUCCGCCAUCUUAACGCUUUGGAUAUUACAAUUCAUUGUUUCGAUAGCUUGUCUGAUCCACGAUGGAUCGACUACAUGAGUAACACCAAGCCAAUGUUUGUCAUGACGGCCGACGGAGGAGUAGUGCGGUACGACGAUCCCGACUUCGCGGUCGACGCGGACCGCAUCCUGUUGCAACGUGUCUUCAUCUAUGAUCUUCUAUCACAAGGCUGCUCGGUGUCAUUGCUCCCAGGUGCCGAAUACAGAGACUCCAAAAUUAUGUCAUUCAUCUACGAGCAUCGGCAUGACCCUGAUGCCCGUAGUCACCUGCGCCCAGAGCUGUGGGCUGCAAGCGAUGCGGCACUCGGGUCACUGGGAGCUUCGGAAUCCCUCGUCAGACGUGGUGUUCUGAUAGUGUCCCUGAUGACCCUCACGCCGCAACACUUGCAACCUUCUCCUGAUCAAGAUGCUUGGAUCCCUGAAUUUAUACGUGCUAUGCUCUCUGAUCGCUACGUGGCGCAUGCAGCUAGGCAUGAGAUGUUAUGGAUCUUUACGGCGCACAUCCUCAUCCUCCCAGCGCUGUCCCUCCCCGAGCGCGCGAGACAGCUUGACAAACUCCAUCCCGAUCUGCUGAACAUCCUACUCACUUCCUUCCUGCCGAGCGUCUUCGUCUCGCUGGAGUACGUUUUGCCUCGGAUCGGCAAGCCUGAUCUCGAUGGACGUGUUUACAUUGCGUUGUUCGCCUUUCUUCUCCGACAGCCAGAGGUAUCUCCAGCUGAAGUAUUAGGAGCGGAAGCCCAUGUGCGUAUGCAGGCAAUCUGGUCAUCGUGUGGUCUUCCACACGUCGAUUUCGCCUCCAUCUCCCGAUCCUUCCCAAAUCCGCCUGUCGGUGCGGAAAACCCGGCGCCAGCACGCCCGAGGGGUCUCCUCCCCUUCUCACAUCCCUGCUUUGAUGAUGAGCUCGCGCCUGUACACGUAGACCUGACCGAGGAUAGUUCCACGUCCUUGGUCCCCCGCAUGCAUUUCAACACUGCCUUCAACGAUGUGUACCAUUGGCACAACGAUCGGCGUUCGAUACUGCCGCCGCAUCUCGGAGGAGACGAUCCUCCGCCCAUGGACGAACGACAACGCUUCAAGAAAUUACGUAGUGACCAGAGAUUCAUGGCGUCGUUAGAGCGGCAGGCACAGACAUUGACGGGCGCAUUCGGCAUCCCGCUAGAGCAGCAAGUAAUCCUGUCCACGCGUUCCACCGGUCGAUCCAGUUCGAAAACCGAUUCUAAGCCUCGAGUGAUCACAGCGAAGGCAGAACGCCUCACAUCCGCGGAUAAAAUUCGACAGGCCAACGCGGCCAAGAAACAGUCAAAAGAAGACGAUUCGAACCAGACAUGGUGGCAAGAUCAGCUCAAGAUUUUCUCUCAAGAAUCGGUCUCAGGCCAGCUUGUCCUUGUAGACAAUCUCCUGCGCAACAAGCGUACUCGUGAUGGUUGGCUAGCCGUAGAGAUCAGGUUGUACCGGCUACACCUACAGUUCGUCCAGUGGGUCGGGCGCCCGGAUCAAGCAGAGCCAGUCGUACGCGACGAAACCAUCACUCGUAUUCUAUGCACGGUGAAAGAUACGUACCGACAACCGCACUUGUUCCCAGCGGCAGUCAGUCUGCUUGACUCAGCGCUCACAGCAGUUGGCCUUUCGACGGUUGUAACUGAUCUAAAAGCUUCGGUUACUGUCGUAGACAGCGACAGGACCCUGAGCUUCAAGUUUGUCAAGCUUCUGAAAUCCAAGACGGGAUCACCGGUGCACAAAUUCAUGCCAAUCAACGAGGAGCUCUUUACAUGGCAGUUGCGCCUCUUCGGAGAAUACAUGGACCGAAGUAUGGACAGCGAGGCAGACCCUAGGGUUCCUUUCUGGCCUGACGCCUGGCAGCGAAAGGUUUUGGAUUGUUUAGAUGCGAACGAGUCCGUGCUUGUGGUCGCUCCGACCAGCGCGGGCAAGACGUUCAUCUCGUACUAUGCCAUGGAACAAGUGUUGAAGACAUCUGACGAUGGGAUUUUAGUCUAUGUGGCACCAACCAAAGCCCUCGUGAACCAGAUAGCGGCCGAGGUGUAUGCUCGAUUCAAGAAGGAAUUGACUGGAAAAAGUUGCUGGGCGAUUCAUACAAGAGAUUACCGCGUCCACGAUCCGCAAAACUGCCAAAUCUUAGUCACAGUUCCUGAAAUGCUUGCCACUAUGCUUUUGUCGCCCCCGCUUGCACGAACAUGGACGCCGAGGAUACGGCGUAUCAUCUUGGAUGAAAUUCACACCAUAGGUCAGCAGGAAGGUGGUGCCGUUUGGGAGCAGAUUCUCCUCCUCUCUCCUUGUCCUAUCAUAGGAUUAUCAGCGACUAUCGGGCAUCCAGAACGGUUCAACUCAUGGCUGCAAUCCGUGCAGGAAGCUCACGGUUUCAAGCACUCGUUCAUUUACCAUCCACACAGAUAUUCGCAUCUGCGGAAGUUCAUGUACGCCCUACAUGUCAAACCGCCCUCGCCUUUCACGGGACUGCCAGCACAUUCCGAUACGCAGCGUAUCAAGCUUCUGCAUCCGGUCGCGCUGCUGUCUUUCGGCACAAGAGAACUUCCUCCCGAUUUCUCCCUAGAGGCCUCAGAUUGCUUGUCGUUGUUUGCUACCUUGCAGCACUUCCGUGCGGAGAUCCCAUUCGACACGGACGAGUUACAUCCUGCGAAGUUUUUCGCAUCAUCCUCAGUGAAGCUGCUGAGGCAAAAGGACGUACUGGAAUACGAAGCGGCGCUGAAGGUUGUUCUUGCGCGACUGCUCGAGUCUGCAGAGUGCGGGCCUGUACUUGCUCGUAUCACAAGUCACCUCACAGAUCCAUCCUUGCGACAACUUGACGCUCAAUUCAUACCACCCAUGCCGUCAUUCCGUAGCAAUCUGAUCUACUUCCUAGCCGACUUGAGAUCGAAGGGUGACCUGCCCGCGAUGCUGUUCCACUUCGAUCGCAAGGCUUGCGAAAUGAUGGGUCAAACUCUGCUCGACGACUUGGAGAAAGCAGAAUCGAAAUGGCGCUCCAAAAGUUCGGACUGGAAGCGCAAGAUAGAACGUUGGGAAGUGUGGAAGUCUCAAGCCAAGGUCCGCGAGCGUCAGAAAGAGAAAGACACUCGUCGCAAGAAAGAUGGUGAUGAAGAGCAAGGAGGGACUACAUCCGCUACGUGGGAGAGCUCAUUCGAUCCGUCGGAUCCAUCUCCAGAGUUCUCCUUCGCCGGCAUAUCGACAGCCUACUCCAAGGAUGAAAUUGAGUAUGAGCUGGCUAGCCUGGCUCGCUGGACAUCCGUUCCUGAAUGGGCCUGCAAGGCUCUGCAAAGAGGGAUCGGGAUCCAUCAUUCUGGAAUGAACAAGCGUUAUAGAACCCUAGUGGAGAGUCUAUAUCGCGUAGGAUUUCUGAAGGUCAUGAUUGCAACCGGAACACUGGCGCUGGGCAUCAACGCACCGACGAAGACAUCCGCCUUUUGUGGGGACUCGCUUUACUUGACUGCGCUUAUGUUCCGGCAAUGUGCAGGUCGUGCUGGACGACGUGGUUUCGAUCUCCUAGGAAAGGUUGUCUUCUACGGGCUCUCGAUGAGUCGAUGCCAGCGGCUGGUUCUGUCGCGGCUUCCGUCUCUGGGCGGCAAUUGGCCGUUGACGACCACCAUGGUCCUGCGCCUGUUCAAUUUACUGCAAGGCUCUGACAGCGCACCUAUUGCUGUCAACGCCAUACGCAGUAUCCUACAAUUGCCCCAUAUCAGCUUUACCUCCGACUUCGGGAAACAGCAGAUCUUGCACUUCAUGCGUUUCGCCAUCGAUUAUCUUCGACGAGCUGGACUUCUGGACGAAGGCGGUAAUCCGAUCAACUUGUUCGGCAUCGCUUCUCACCUGUACUACACUGAACCUGGAAACCUCGCGCUGGUCACCCUGUUCCGUCAUGGCAUCCUUCAUAAAGUAUGUGGGCAGAAAGACAGCAUCAAAGCACAGAGGGACUUCAUCUCGCUCAUGUCCCACCUGUUCGGGCGGCGUUACGUGCCAAAGUCCUACGCAACGGACGAGAAUCUCCGUCAACUUAUUAAGAAAUCACCCUCUAUGGUGGUGCUUCCUCCGCUAUCCAGGGAUGCGGAGGCAGUGCUCAUGCAGCACGACGGCGAUAUCUUGCGCGUAUUCACGGAGUAUGCGUUGGCGUACACGACACAACGUAGCGAUGACCUUGGGCCGGAUACCGUGUUGCCUCUCAGCGGGCGCAGCCAUGAUGCCCUAACGUCGUCGGAGACCUCCUUCCAUACCCACUUGCGACGCACCGCUACCAACGUCAGGGUACGUUCCUUGUUCGCAGCUAACUCUGGUCUUGGCGACACAUUCCGUACGGUGGAUGAAUUGUCCACCACUGCUCGGCAGGGGCUAUACCUGAAUCCCUACGCCAUCCCUUCAAUGUCCGGGUUUACUUCCUCCGCCACCAAUAAGGACAGCACCGCGCUGAAUGCGUACCUGCUGGACUUCUUCAUACACGGCCAACCCGCUGCGUUGAGAAAGGCGAACGGUAUCAGGGACAAUGAUAUGUGGUAUCUGCUAGAAGACUUCACGUUGACCCUCAAGGCCGUUAGAGCUAACAUAUCAAGGCUCCUGAAAACGGCGUCAGAUUCCCAUGCAAAGCGCGGUCUCGACGGGGAUCUCGAGGGGCUUGACGAGGAUGACGUCGAUAGCGGUUACGGGACAUACGCGUCGGGAGAUGUCGACGACGAGACGCAGAAGGGCGCCGACUUGCAGUCCUUGCAACGUCCUCCGGCUGUGUCAGAUGAGGAUUGGCGAGUAUUUGAGGUGAUUUACGCAGCCACCCAGGAGUUCGAGACAAAGUUCAAGGCAAUGUGGGCUUGAUCAGGGCGAGAUGCGAAUGAUUGAGAUGUAAUAGCAUGUGUAGCUUCUUAGAGGGGCUGCUCCAAUAGUACUAUCACCACAACCUC